AUGACAGUAAAAGUUGAGGUAUUGGACGGUGACGCCAGCCCACCCGCGGCUGUAUCAUUCUUUGAUCCAUCUCUGAAGGAGGUUCGACAGCGCGUAUUCUACCAAUGGGCUCGCACUUUGUUAAUUCUGUGCGUCUUCGUGUUCGGUGUGUUAUCUCUCUUCUGGGGAGCUCAAUACGGCACUGAGGCCAAGUACCCAGCGUUGAAGGUAUGGGUGGUCAAUUUCGACGGCCAAGUUGAUCCAUACCGCUCCAACGACACUAUAGUUGGUUCAGCAGUUACGGAUGCUACCAACAGAAUCCUGCAGUCUGACGGCCUCCACCUCGGCUACACUAUCAAAUCCCCCGCCGACUUCAACUAUGACCCUUUGGCCGUGCGUCAAGGCGUCUACGAUGAACAUGCCUAUGCCGCUGUGAUAAUCAAGCCCAAUGCAACAACGCUGCUCCAGGAUGCAGUUUCCAAUGGCAAUACAACCUACGAUCCAACCGGCGCCAUCGAGAUAGUGUUCAUCUCCGCGCGCGAUGAAACAACCUACUACACCUAUAUCCUACCCGACCUAGCCAUCCUACAGGGCAUGGUGCUAGAAGAUUUUGGCCCACAAUGGGUCCAGCUUCUCAUCUCAUCUGUCAGCAACCUGUCAUCCGUGCCCCCACAGGCGAUAAACCCGGGCAUUGGGUUCACGACCGUCGACCUACGUCCUUUUGCCCCGGCUGUUGCUUCACCUGCCGUGACCAUCGGUUUGAUCUACCUUAUCAUCAUUGCGUUCUUCAACUUCCCAUUUAUGAUGCCUAUUCAUGCCCAGUUCGUGAAACCAGAUGGUCAUCCGCCGUUGAAGGUGCCGCAUUGGCUCAUUUGGCGCAUUAUCUCGAGCAUCGUGGCUUACUUCUUUCUGUCGCUGUGCUACUCACUCGUCUCACUGGCUUUCAAGAUACCAUUCACCAAUGACUCUGCGUCGGAAGUCCUGUCCGCAAAUAACCCUAAUGCCUAUGGUCAUGGCUCAUUUGUCGUAUUCUGGAUGCUGAACUGGGUUGGCAUGGCAGCUUUGGGAUUCCCCUGUGAGAACAUGGCUAUGGUCCUUGGGUUCCCAUGGAGUGCUUUGUUCCUUAUUUUUUGGGUUAUUACAAAUGUUGCGACAGGGUUCUAUGCCAUUGAUUUGGCCCCGAAGUUCUAUAGAUGGGGAUAUGCAUGGCCGUUACAUCGAAUUAUCGACGCCCUACGAACCAUCAUUUUCGAUAUCCAUUCGCGCAUUGGGUUGGACUUUGCUAUUCUGUUCAUUUGGAUUGCAAUAUCCUUGGCCUUUUAUCCAUUCGCGGCAUUCAUCAUGCGGUGGAGGAUGAAGCGGGGGAUGUAA